AUGAUUAUUCAUUUACAUAAUGCAAUAUUAGGCACUAAUCACUUACGAAAUUCUCAAAUAAUAAAGCGAUUCAAUUUGAGAAUUAAAAAAAACCAGAAUUAUAAAAUCACCUAUCAAUUAUAUAAUAUAAUAUUGAAGAUGAAACAAGUCUUGAAUAAUAAGAAAAAAUUAAUUAAGAUAUCAAUAUAAUAUACUAAGCAGAUUAGAUAUAAUAAAAUGAUUAAAAAUUUAACAAAUUGUAAGAUUUUAAACUCAUAAAUAACAACAAUGUGGUAAAAAAUUUAGUUAAGCAGUUCUAUAAUUACCUCUUAAAGAAAUAGAAUGAAAGCCUUGUUUAGGAUUUCAUUUUUCAUAAGCCUUAUCCUUAUUGCAUAAAAUUAAUAAAAAAGUAUUUCAAAUAAAUGA